GUGUGUGUGUGUGUGUGUGUGUGUGUGUGAGAUUUCAGGCUCUGAAUGAGAUUCCAGACAGAGAGGGCCCCUCGGAGUACCAGGAGGAGGAGGAGAUGGGUUUUGGCAGCCUGCUUAGGGCUAAGUCGGUCUGUUCCAUGAGUGACUUCCAGCGUCUGAUGGGCAGCUCUCCCUUCCUGCCUGACAGGGGUCGUCGUGGUGACCGUGGCCGUGACGACGUGACUCCGCCCCUGUCACCCGACGACCUGAAGUACAUUGAGGAGUUCAACAGUAAGGGUUGGGACUUCCCUGUCCCUGGCCCAUCCCCGACACCAGGCCACCACACCCCUACAGCCAUGGAGGCCUGGGCAGAACGGCCCGCUUCAGAACCAUUCCAGCCGGCCUCGUGGUUCCUAACCACCAGCGCCACUUUGACCACCAAUACCCAAUCCAGCCACGAGCCCCCCAGCCCACCACACUGCCAGCGGGGUAACAUAGGAGGGGGAGCAGGGGUCCACGUCUCCCACAGCCCCACCCGAUCCCCCGGGCCCUCCGAUCAAGACUACCUGUACCCCAAAGGAACUAAGGGGCAAGGGGGUGGGGGUGUUGGUGAAGUAGGGGGUGCCUCCGGGAUUGGGGGGUUAGGAGGUCCAGACGAGGUGUUUGGUGAUGGUAGGUGGCCUCCUUCCUGUCAUAAGGAGUUAUUAGAGGGUGGGGGGGGGGUUGGGGGUCCCAUCCCCACGGUGGGGUACGCCUCGUCUCUGGAGCUGCAGCUGUCACGGAACCUCAGUGAUGACAUGAAGGAGGUGGCCUUCUCCGUUAGGAACUACCGCUCUGGCACCUCGGACCACCUGGAGCAACAGAGACAGGUCUGUUGA